UCUUUGGGUAUUUACGAAAUGGUAAAAAAACGAAGAGGAAAAUGAAAAAGUAACAAGGAAAAGAGAGAAAGGGAAAGAAACCUUUAAUGUAUUAGGGGAAUGUCUGAGGUAAUCGUGGCAUGAUGUAGUAGUGAUCAUGCGCAGUUGUAUCGACACCAUGUCCUCGACAGGAGACAUACGUCGAACCGUUGCAAAAGCUUUAAUUCCGCCCGUUUUGGGUUUUUUUUCCCCCUCGCACUUGCAUGUCAGCCUCGGCCAUCGAAAGCUUAAUGUUGAUUUAAGUCUGAAGUGUGGCAUAUGACGGCUUGCCUAAACGAUUAAGUCAAAGCUGAUUAUUCUGAGCCCAGGAAGGAUGACUCUCUCGGCAGACAGUGCACGCAGAAGUGAAGAUAUUUCUGCAAAAAGCCGUAGACUGUUCUCUUUCCUGUAACCUUAUCCUGUGUGUAUUAGUUGAAUGUGUAGUCACGUCUGCUUCACCCGCUCCUUUUUCUCAAGAGGUGGGGUCAGCGGACCGUACAGACAAAGUGGUUGACAUUUGCUUCUAGGAAUUCGAUCGUCGUUGACCCUACUAUUUUGAGGCUUGAAGGCUGCGCCUGCCAUAUAAAUCAUCCAACCAGCUGACCAGCAAAGGCAAAUAAAUAAUCAGCCAGUGAACUAAAAUGGAUGUCCUUCAUCUGCAGCGAUCGUCUGGUGAUUAAUACAACGACAUUCGCUGACGUCACUAAGCGAGUGACCGCCACUCUCGGCCGCCCUGCUUCUGCUCUUCCGUCUGUUAAUCGUGACUGGCAUCACACCGACUGCGACGAGCUGUCAGGCCGACCGCUGUUUUGAGAAGGAAUGAGUCGAUCAGGGUCUUCCUGGUUCACCAAACGCUUUUCUUCCAGGUGUCACUAGCUCUGUCUUGUCACCGCCUGUUGCAUCGACUGACGGGUUCUCCAAGUUUAGCUGCUUUUCUCUGAAGGGGAGCAGACAAAGAGCACCAUGAAGGUGUUCGGGCUGGAGAGGGACAACACAACUCUCUUCUCGACGCCCGACCCACGUGGCUUCUGCUACAGCGCGUCCUUUGAACUAUACCCGUUUCACGAGGGUCAAGACAAGGCUGUCUACAAAGGAAUUAUCAAUGGUAUCGGCCCACGAAGGGGAGAGUUCUGCGUGGUCAAAGCCAAACUGGACGCCCCGGGCGAGGAAGUAGACUGGUUGGAAACACAGACCAUUAUGCGCAAGGCGCAAGUACUGUCCAACGAGUUCAACGAUCUCGUAAAAUCACGAGCCAUCACGUUUGCGUGGCCCGUCAUGGCUGAAAUGGAAACAGUGUCAGACUUUACUCCCCUCAUCAGACUUUUCAAGCCACACGACAAAAAGUUACAGAAAGGCGAAAUGGUGUUUAUCGAAAAUUUCAUUGAGGGGAGCUUCCAGACCUUUAACUCCACCGUUGGGUGGGUGAACCCCGAGUCGAAAAGCGGAUGUGACGCAGGCCUUCUCGCACUACACCUGGCAUGCCACCCGAGAACUGGUGGUGUGUGGCCUGCAAGGCGUGAAAGUGGACGCGAGCUACCAGCUCACCACCCCUACCAUCCAUUCCUCACGCCGCGCCUUUGGCCGGACAGACGGUGGGUCGCCAGGGAUCACCGAGUUCUUCACAUCACACCGCUGCAACAACAUCUGCAGCUCCUGGCCAGGCCCAGACGUGCCCUCCUCGGCCCGAGGUCAGGACAGAGGUCAUGGGCGGGAGUACAUGGUGGCUGAUAGGCUGCAGGUGCACGGGACUGUAGGGGGCGUGAGGCGCGUUCAGAACCCCCGAAGGAACUGCAACGUUUACACUUCUUCCAUCCCCCCCUAUCUGUCGUACGUGCCCAAGGUUCCGUCAGCGCCGACCUUCGAAACCACGCGCUUCUAACCUCGUUAAGUGCAAACUCCUGAGACCUGAGUGUCCAAUGGAUGAAUGAGUCGUAUUUAUAUCAGUGAUAGAUCCGUGCGAAUGGUGACACCCUUUGAAACUAAACAUGCUGUGCACAAACCCCGACUUCUGAUGACGAUGAAAGAAAGUAUUUUCGGUGCUUUCCUACAAUUAUUCUGUACAGAACAAACACAAACAAAAAUAAAACAACUAAUAUAUAGCGUUAGUUAAAAUAUAGUUAUUGUCGUAUAUCUUGAUAAACAACAGAUGAGGAAAUCUACAGAACGUCUGGUAAUCUGGCACUCAGUCAGUAACCCAAAUUUUGAUCUUGAAGAGUAAAACCAUGAUACAACGGUAGUUCUAUACUACCAAUAUUUUUAAUGUCGGAUAUUUUAAUCAUGUCGACAGCGGAAAUGUUACCAAGCGAUCCUAAUUUCCAGGCACAAAGGAAAGACCAACGAGUUCAAAUGGUUACCAACAACAAUGAUUAAAACGUCUUUAGAAUGGUCGCUAACUGUUCAUCUGUUCAAGCAAUACAAUUCGCUCAAAAUGAAAGAGGUGUUAGAAACGUUUAACACUGUCUUCAGGAAUUAUUUUCUGUUUUGUGUGAUGGGUCCAUAUACUGCGCGUUUUACUCUUCUCUGUCAAGCUCAAAGAAUCGUUCUUUUAACAGAAAGAGUCAUCAGUCUGUGUACCCUACUGUUCGGAAAUGUGUGCAGUACCCAAACUAAAUUGGCUGAUAUUUGUUUGAUAUUGUAAUAGAUUAUUUUUAGAUAAAUUUUGAGGAAUGUAAUAUUUCUUACACCGUAUAAAAACACCAUAAAAAUUCUC